AUGAAAGUCGCCCUUAUUCUUGCUCUCGCUUCAACCGCAUUAGCCACUUCGCUAUCCUCCUUUAUGAUUACAUACCCGGAUGAGUUUCCCUACUAUGACAAGCUAGUGCAGACUGUGCAUGAUUUGCAAGGAACCAUAACGCACGAAUAUACCCUAUUCAACGGCUUUAGCGUGGAUCUACCACAGGACACCGUCAACACGUUGAAAAGCUUGAACGAUAAGUACAAGUGGGGCUUGGAAAUCGAGGAGGAUCAGGAAGUCCAUGCUCUUGGCGGACAACAGCCACAUCUUCUCUGA